AUGCCAAUUGUAAUGACGAAAGACGAGUGGUCUCGCAUUGUGCGUUGGACGGACUCGAGCCGUGAGGAUCAGGAGGUUUUGCGGCGCAAGGAGUAUGUGAAAUAUUUGGACGACUCCAGUAGAAAUAUGACAAAGAACUGGCCGAAUUCUCUAGAGAACGUAAACAAACGUAAUGAGGAACUUCGGCGUGGCCGUAUCGAAGCAGCAGAACAGGCGAACAGUCGCUUCUACCAACAAUACCUGAAGAGGAAGCGUGAGGAGCAACGCGAGCUCAUGUAUAGUGCGCGAGAGACGGUCUUCAAAAACAAGGAUGCGCCUAAACUUUUACUGUCUGCCGUAAUAGAAACAGUAAUCCAAAAGGAGCGUCAGGAACAACUGAAAUUUAAUGCGAAGCUAAAGCACCUGGCAGCAGAACAGAAGAGAAAAGAUGAUAAUGACAUUAUUAAGAAGGCAAAAGAGUGGAACGAUCUUAUGGCGCUACGGAGAAAGAGAAGAUUUGACGCUAACAAACAGUAUCAAAAGGAGAUAUCAGAUCAGGCCCAUGAAAUAUCAGAGCGGAAUCGCAUAGAAUAUGAGACAGAACUAGGAAUGCAGAAAGUGGAUAAUAUGAGGGCGAACGAGCAAAUGGAUGAAUUAAAGAAAUUUGACGAUGAAUUUAAAGCGGCGGAGAAGGCUCGCAUUCUUUCUGAUAUGAAGAGAUCUAGGGAGGAGGUGGAACAACGCCGUCGAGAGACGGAAGCCCGGGACAAGAUGGACGAUCGGCUCAUUGAUGUGCUACAGAGGUCGCGUGCACGCGUCGAGCGCAGGCGCAAGCAGACUGAGAUUGAUGUGAAAGCCGAAAAGCUGCGUGUUCUGGAAAAGAUUAGUCAAAAACUGGAGAGCGGUGAUGCAGCUCGCGAAGCAAAGGAUAACGCGAAUCUACAGAAAGCUAUCCAGGAGAAGGAAGCUGCAGCUGAAGCCCGUCGCCAAGCGGACGCCCGAAAGCGUGAGCAGUUUAAGCAGGAAAGAAUCGAAGUUAGACAGCAAUACUUGCGCGAUGAAGCCCAACGGCUGCACGAGUUCAACACUAUGCGACAGUGGGAGAUUAUGAACAGGUUUAAAAAUGCCGAACUAUACGAGGACUUCCAGGAGAAGUUGCGACUCGACAAAGAGAAGAAGAUCAAACAGUAUCGCGAAGAUAUUCUCAAGUUGUGGAAGGAACGCGACGAUCGUGAUGCUAAAGAGCGCGCGGACACUCGCUACUUCUACGGAGAACUCGCUGAGAAGAAGUUGCGAGAUGCGGACAAUAAGCUUUUGACGCUCGGUUCAAGGCUGCUAGAAGAGGCGAGGGAAAACGGAAGACCGGAAUACGCGCUGCAUAGAGCCCUAGAGCGUUACUGUAAACAAUACCGCUUGUACCCAAUGCCGGAACUACCUCGCUCCAUGCAAGAACAUUAUGGCCCAUACGCGCCCGUCGACCUCUCCCGACCAGAUGCGGAAUAUAAAUAUCCUGCUCCUCCCCUGCCCGAAGAUCAUCACGAGCAAGCGAGUAAAAGGGAUGGUCUGCAGUCUUUUGAGUCUAUAGUGGGAGUAUCGAAGUCGGAGAAGAAACAAGAGCAAGCCGAUUACAAGCGAGCUGGCCCGGCGAAUGGCCUGCAGAGAAAAAGAGAUUCUUUGCCGAAAAUCCAAUGCAAGAACGAUACUUGCGGCUGCGAAUUGAAGAAAUGA